AUGUUCAAAUUGUUUGCUGUCUGCUUCUUGGCUCUCUUCGCUGUCGCUUUCGGUGCUGCUAAGCCCGGUCUCUUGGCUGCUCCAUUGGCUUACUCCGCUCCUUUAGCCGCUGCCCCAGUGGCUUACUCCGCUCCAUUAGCCGCUGCCCCAGUUGAUGCUGCUUACGCCGCUCCCCUCGCCUACACUGCCGGAUAUGCUGGUUACGUCGCUCCCUACGCCAGCAGCUACUCCGCUCACUCCAUUGCCCACUCCGCCGCUUUCCCAGCUGCCUAUGCUGCCGCACCAGUAGUCGCCGCUCCAGCACCAGUGCUCGCUGCUGCACCAGCUGUUGCUGUAUUGAAGAAGUAG